AGGUAGAGUUUAGUUGUCAGGUAGAUACACUCAGUACAAGGAAGCUAUAAGGAAAUCUACUAAAAAGUACUGUUUGUACAGUUGAGGUUUUCUAACGACAGUACUUCGAGAACUGUACAGUGGUACUAUUUCUGAGUUCUCUGUGUGUAAUAAAGAAACCUCUGACUAGACCCGUUGAUUGGUUACAAUGUGAGUUGUGCUCCCAACCCUGAUACAGAUCUUCAAGGGAAGGAGAGAGUAGGAAGUACAGUUUAAAAAUGAACCAGUGAAAGAACGGCUAUGGGAGCAAUGAACCGUUAUGUAACCCUGCAGCAGCUAGGGGACGGAACCUAUGGUUCUGUGGUGCUCGGUCAGAGGGUUGAUACUGGAGAGAAGGUUGCUAUAAAGAGGAUGAAGAGGAAGUACUACUCCUGGGAGGAAGCCAUGAACCUGAGGGAGGUCAAAAGCCUGAAAAAACUUUCACACGCCAACGUUGUGAAACUGAAGGAGGUGAUUCGUGAGAACGACACAUUGUACUUUGUGUUUGAGUACAUGCAGGGGAACCUCUACCAGCUCAUGAAGGAGAGAUAUGAUCACGGGGAUAAACUAUUCCCGGAGAAUAUGAUCAAGAAUAUGAUGUACCAGGUAUUACAAGGACUGGCGUUUAUGCACAAGCACGGAUACUUUCAUCGAGACAUGAAACCAGAGAACCUGCUGACGAUGGGACCUGAUCUUGUCAAGAUUGCAGAUUUUGGUUUAGCUCGAGAAAUCCGUUCCCGGCCCCCGUAUACGGAUUACGUGUCCACCAGGUGGUACCGAGCACCAGAAGUUCUACUCCGCAGUACAUUCUACUCCGCUCCUAUUGAUAUCUGGGCUGUUGGGUGUAUUAUGGCAGAACUAUAUACUUUCAGGCCUCUCUUUCCUGGAAACUCUGAGAUCGAUGAGAUAUUUAAGAUCUGCUCCGUCCUGGGAACCCCGGAGAAACGAGACUGGCCCGAAGGGUUUAAGCUGGCAGCUGGGAUGAACUUCAAGUUUCCUCAAUUUUCUCCAACUCCUCUCACAUCCAUCAUUCCUUCAGCUAGCAAGGAGGCAAUCAAACUCAUGCAGGAUAUGCUUAGUUGGAAUCCAGCGAAGAGACCCAGCGCCCAGCAAUCCCUUCAACAUCCUUACUUCCAGUCGAGCACUAUCAAGCUUACAAACAAUCAUAUAAUGGAACAAACCUUACAGCGCAGCUACGCCCGGCAGUCAGGAGCUAUUGGUGGAUCAGGACCAGGCAGGUUGGAGCAGAUUGAGGGAGAAGAGGAGAUUAUAGAUCUUAAGGAAAAGGGACGAAGAGAAUCCUUUCCAAGGUCGAACUCCGGAUUGCCAAGGAUCGGAGCUCCAAACCAUGGAUCCGUGAGCUACGCUAAGCAGACCCACUACAAGAGCGCUAGUUCAGGAGACCGUGGUCGAAGUCCAAGUGCUGGACCGAAUGGGAGAGUGGAUUGGAAAGCGAAAUAUCUGAAAUAACGUGGAUUUUAAACCAUCUGUGAUUAAAGGAAUGGAUCUGAAGGAGUAUUCUCUAUUUAUUUAUUCUUGUGAAUUAAACUAUAAUGUCGAAUAUAUUAUUCUAAAUUUCUA